AUGGAGGAGUGGGACCGGGAGAACAAGGCGCUUCGCGAGCGAGAGUACUCGGUUUUCUUGGACCGCCGGAAGAAGAAGAAGGAGCAGCUGCGUCGCGAUCGCUUCAACUCCACCAUCGCUCGUGAGAAGGAGGUCUGGGCCAAGAACGAUGCGCGGCUCAAGGCGAUGCCCGCGGCUGCAAAGGUCCGAUUCGUACGACGCGCCGUGAAUCGGCCGAACGCCUCCGGCGGGUCGCCGCGGACCGCGCCCUUGCGCGAGGACGCGUCGUCGUCGGACGAGGACGCGUCGUCGUCGGACGAGGACGACGACGACAUGGAUCCGGAGGACGCCUUCGGAUACGAGUCGGAGGAGCUCGUCUCCGCCGAGGUCAUCUUCGGCGAGGAGGACGCGCGCGACGCCUACGAGCUCGCGCGCGGCGCCGCGACGCGAGCCGACGGCUACGGAGGACAUCCCGGAAUUCUUCACGACCGAAGACGAGACGGCCGAUCGCUGUAUGAAGGGCUUCUGCGACGACCCGCUCUGCACGCGCGCGCACCAGUGCAGCAGCAAAGAGCGCGGAUGUUGCCACAAGAAGCACGCUCUGCUCCCGGGUCCGGCGGACCGCUGCUUUCCGAUCGAGAAGAAGCACGGGAAGUUGGUGCGCAUGCAGCGGUGCUACACGUGCACCAACGUCGCGCGAGUUGA